UUUGCCACUGUUCAGCAUUAUUCCAUUAUGUGCGUCUUUAGAGUGCUGUUGUACUUAGUGUUUCUUGUGUUAUCUCCAUCAAAAGUUCAGGGCGAUGAACAAAACGUCACCGAAUUGUCCCUCGAGGGGUUUGAAUAUCAAACCUUAACAGCCAAACUGGACUAUUUGCAGCACAAGCUUACCGAGAUGGACUUUGCGAUAAAGGAGGAUCGAAGGACCACCGAUCAGAAGCUAUCACAGCUGGGCCAAGUGAUGGGUAACAAUUUCACCACUUUGCUGAACCACUUGAAUAACAUUCUUAACGAGCAGGCAGCCAUAGCCAACCAGGAACGGAUGCGAAAGGAGAUACAAACGCUAGCAUCGAACAAAGAUGUAGCUCGAUUUCUGAUCAGUUCAGCAUCGUAUGCUCGAACGAUCUCAUUUCCAUCGUGCAAAGAGGAGCCUUCGGAGUUGUCGGGCAAGUAUCUAAUACAACCUGCUGAAAAUGAAGAGCCAUUCCUGGGAUACUGUGAGCAGACUGCUUUCGGUGGAGGUUGGCUUGUGUUCCAGCAUCGUUACGACGGAUCGGUGGACUUUUACCGCAAUUGGACAGAGUAUCGGAACGGUUUUGGAAGCGUCGAUGGAGAGUUUUGGCUCGGUUUAGAACGCUUGCAUCAGAUUACUUCAGAACGAAAGCAUGAGCUGCUGGUGGAGCUGAAAGACUUCGAAGGAAACUACAAGUACACAUGGUACGAUCAGUUCGAGAUCGGCAGUGAGGUGGAGCAAUAUUCGUUAAAGAAGCUGGGAUCGUAUACAGGAACGGCAGGAGACUCAUUGACGCAGCAUAAGGGUAUGAAGUUUACAACCAAAGAUCGAGAUAAUGAUGAAAGUAGAAGUAUGAACUGUGCUGUGAAUUAUGAGGGAGCAUGGUGGUACAUGGAAAUUCACCUGUCCAACCUUAAUGGACGUUAUACGAAAUCUCUGGACCUAAAAAGUAUGUUCUGGUUCACGUAUAACUCAACAUUUAAAGGUUUGGCCUACUCAAGAAUGUUGAUUCGGGAAACAUAACCGAUAAGGCGCUGUUGUUAGAAACAUUAUUUUACAACAGUGACACAGAAGCGUCUUUUGAAAAACCAAGUGUUUGAUUGCAUGCAUUAGUGAGAAAAUGUAUAAUAUGUAAUUGAUUAACUCA